AUGGUUUUCGAGAAUUUAGUCGUUUAUUUACUUGAUAAAUAUUUAAGUGAUUACAUCGAAAAUUUAGAUACAAAAAAACUUCAAAUUGACUUAUGGAACGGUAAUGUUGUUUUGGAAAAACUUUAUCUAAAACCAAAUGCAUUAGCUGAUUUAAAUCUUCCUGUCACGGUGUCUCUUGGUUAUCUUGAAAAACUAACUCUUCAAGUUCCAUGGUCAAAUUUAUAUGUAAAUCCAACAAAAGUAACAAUUGAUGGACUUUAUUUAUUAGUUGUUCCCAAAACUGAAGUUGAAUAUGAUGCUAAACGUGAUGAAAAAGAACACCAUGAAGCAAAGAUGAAAGAAGUUCAUAAAAUCGAAGAACUGCGUAAAGAACAAGAAGCUCUAAAAAAUGCUGCAACAGCCGAUAAAACUAGCGAUACAUUUGUAGAACGUAUGCAAUUACAAGUUAUUCGAAAUUUAGAAUUAUCAAUUCGAAAUAUUCAUGUUGUCUAUGAAGACAAAUCAACAAAACCAAAUCACCCAUUUGCUUUUGGAUUUACACUUAAUUAUAUUACAUUACAUACAACCACUUCAGAUUGGAAACCAACAAUACUUAAAGAAGAUACUCCAUUGAUUCAUAAGCUUGGUGAGUUAAGUGCUCUAUCAGUUUAUUGGAAUACUAAUGCUCAAUCACGAUCUGGAUUGCCAAGAGAAGAAGCGCUUAAAAAUCUAAGAGCAAACAUAGCAGUUGAUAAUCAACAAACACCAACUGAUAUAUCAUAUAUUCUUCGCCCAUUAAAUAUUAAAGCAAAAGUUAUAUUAGUAAUGAAACCACGUCAAAAUGAAUUUAAACAACCAAUGUUCGAUAUUAAAGUUGAUCUAGAUGAAAUUAGUUUAAAUAUUAAUCGUGAUCAAUAUUCUGAUUUACUUGAUUUACUGGAAGUUCGAGAUUAUCUUAGUCUUCAAUCAAAAUACAUAAAAUAUCGUAUUAAAAAUGAUGUAGACGAAAAGCUCACUGUUAAAAAAUGGAAAUUUGCAUACGAAGCAAUAGUUAAUGAAGAAAUUCGACCAAGAUUUGAAUGUUAUAAAUGGGAAAAUAUUAAACUACAUCUAGAUCGUUGUCGAGAAUAUCGUUCAUUACAUUUUCAAGACUUAUUGGGAAAAGCAACAGUCGAACAAAAACAACGAGCAGAAGAACUAGAAAAAAAACUCGAUGUUUUCAAUUUAACAUAUAUUCGUCGAAGUGCUGAAAUAGAAGCUAAGAAGAAAAAAGAACAAGAACCAAAAACUUGGUGGGGAAGUGUAUCAAAUUGGUGGGGUGGAAAUAAACCACAAGAUAAUCCAGAUCUUGAUUUUGAAAAAGUUAUGUCACCCGAAGAAAAGAAAAAAUUAUAUGAUGCGAUUGGUUAUGAAGGAGAAGAUACUUCUACUUUAAGUUAUCCAGAAGAGUAUAUCGACAUUGAUUUAGCUAUUCGGUUGAAUCUACUUGAUGUUAAUGUUUGGUCGAAACUUGAUAAAGAUGAUACUCAAUUUCGAAUUAUUGCUCGAGCAGUUAUACCUGAUACUGGUUUAGUCUUCAAAAGAAGACCAGCGACGACAGCUAUUGCUGCAUUUGUUGAUUUGGGUUCAUUUCAAGUUUUUGGUAUAGCUAGCGAUUUAAAACAACCCGAGUUUUCAAAUGAUAGUCGUCCUGUACUCGCUCAACCUGUUUACAAAUUAUCAUCAUCAUCAUCAUCAUUGAAACAAGAAAAGUUAUUGAAAGUUGAAUUCGAAACGAAUCCAUUAGAUAAAUUAUCGGAUUAUCGUGUUAAAGUCGUUGCACAGUCUCUUGAAAUAAAAUACAAUGCACCAACAAUUAAUAAAUUGGCUGAAUGCUUUGAACAAGAUACUCAACGUAAUCUUCAAGGCGUUAAACAAGUCGCCUUAUCAACUUAUACCGAUGUUAAACAUCGUUCUUAUAUAUUAAUGAAACAUAAUAUUGAAAAAAUCAAAGUUCUAGAUAUUGAUAUCGAUAUUCAAUCUGCCUAUUUUCUUUUAGCAGAAAAAGGAGUUUACCAAGAUGGCGUUGCUGCAAUUUGUAUGGACUUUGGUCAUUUAACAUUAAAACGAAAAACAAAUAAUAGUGGAGAACAAGUCAUUUCAUUAAAAGAAGCAAAAGAUAUUCAAGAAGCUCGUGAAAGAUCUUACACUCAAUUUAAAUUAAAACUUGAAAAUGUUCAAUUGAUUUAUGCUAAUCGAAAUGAAAGUUGGCAGAAAGCGUGCUUAGAAAAAAAUACUAGUUUACAUUUAAUUCGACCAAUGGAACUUGAUUUAGAUGUUGGUAAAUGUCUUUAUAGUGAUGAUGCUAUUUUGCCUGCUUGGAAAGUUGCUGGAAAACUUCCUAGUGUAGUUUUACGCUUAUCAGAUAAACGUUUGUUUCAAAUAAUAAAUCAUAUUCAAUCAAUUGAAUUUCCUCAAUCGAAAAAUCCAACUGUUUCGUAUUCGAUUGAAUCCGAACCUACAACUAUACAAUCAUCACUGAAUAAUCCUGAACAAACACUAGAAGCUGUCGAAGGAAUGACACCAGUUAAGAAAACAAAAGAAAAGGCUGAAGCAGAAGAAAAUAAGGGGAAAAACGUCAAAACUGCAGAUACAAAUGAGAAAAAAAAAGAAUUUGAAGGCCAAUUAACACAACUAGAAGCGGCAUUUACACUUGAUAGAAUCGAUAUACAUAUCGAUGAAAGUGCAAAGGAAAAAAAUGAAGAUGAACCGUUUCUACGUUUAUCACUUGAAUCCAUCGUUGCUAAAACAAAAAUAAAAACAUUCGAUAUGGAAUUCGAUGCGUCAUUAACUAAUUUAAUAGUCUAUCAUGAACAAUUUGUUGGCAAAGACAAUCAACAGUUACGUUUAUUAUCAGCUCAAUUAGAGCAAACAAAUAAUUAUCAAAGUCAAAAAUUAGUUAGCCUAAAUCUACUUCAUACAUCAUCAGAAAAUCCAUUAUUUUUAUCGUCAACUUAUGAUGGAAUCGAAAAUAGAGCUCAUGUUCAUUUCAGUAAACUUGUUGUCACAUUACAAUUAGAAGCACUUCUAUCAAUAUUAAGAUUUCAAGAUUCAUUAAUGAAAAAAUUACCACAAGAUACAUCAGAACCACAACCAAAAGAGAGACAAGAUCAAAAACAAAUUGAAGAUAAUAAAAAUAGUGAUAAAACAGGAAAAAAUGUCAAAAAAAAUGAUGUUCCAGCUGCACCUUCAGUUAAAAUUGAUGCUGAUUUAGAAGAAUUCCGAAUAAUACUUGCAUCAAAACAAGCAAAAUUAUUUGAUAUACAAGUUCAAGGUGUCAAAGCGUAUGUAUCACAAGCACCGGAGAAAACGUUAGUCAAUCUAAUUCUAUCUGAUUUACGUAUUUUGGAUCCAUAUAAGAAUGCACGAUAUCGAAAAAUUAUUUCUCAACAAGGCGAUGAUAAAGAAUUACUUCGUGUUGAUCUAUCAUUAUUUAAUUAUCCCGAAGGAUAUGACAAAACUAUAGAUACAUUUGAUUGUGAUGUUAAAGUUCAAUUUGCUAAAGCAAACAUUGUUUUCCUAUUCAAACAUAUUGACGCAGUUUUGGGUUUUCUUAAUUCAUUAAAUAUAACGAAAGCUGCACUGAAUAUAGCAUCAACACAAGCCGAUGCUGCUUAUGGACAAGUACAAAAAUUACAAGAACAAGCAUUUAAAGUUCAUCUUGAUAUAACAUUUAAUGCACCAAAUAUAAUUAUUCCGACAAAUUCAUAUUCUGAUCAAGCACUUUUGUUGGAUUUGGGUAAACUAACGUUAAAAACAAGUUUUGAUGAUGAUCCAAAAAAGUCUCUUGUUGAACGACAAAAUGUUCGAUUGGAAAAGGUUCUAGCUAGUCGUGUUAAACUUGAUCAAGACUGUAAUAUAAUCGGUGAAGCUAUUUUACUCGAAUGUGCUGAAUUAAAUACAUUAAUUAAUCGUUUACUUUAUCCAGAAAAAGUUAAAACUGAACCAGGAAUUUUAAUUAAAGUGGAAUGGGGCCUUGUUCAUUUUCGAUUAGCAAAAGAUGAUUAUUCAUGUGUCAUGAGAGUUUUAAUGGAGAAUUUUUCGGAAAAUAUUCGUGAUGAAAUACCUGACAGUUUUCAAAAUGAACAGUAUCGCUAUAGACAAGAAGUACAAGAAAAAGAAGAAGAUAAAUUAAGAAAUGAUGUUAUCAAGAAACAGAAAGAAUCUCUCAUCACGGAUGUAGUAGUACCAACACUUAAACUUCGAGCAGAAAUCAAAAAAUUGGCAUUAACACUUUAUCUUGGAGAAUCCGAUUUGAGUGUUCGCCGUGGGCCACGCAAUGAUAAAUUAAAAUUAGCCUAUGUUGAAAUAGAAGCACUUGAAGCAAUAUUUCGUCAAAGUUCUGACGGAAGUUAUAAAGCUACGGCACGUGUAAAAAAUUUCCUACUCGAUGAUCUCCGUGAAACAAAUAAAUCGACAAGUGUAACACGUAUGAUGGAUCGACAUUUUACAGUUGAUCCUAAUACUCAUAUGUUUAUUGCAUCCUUUGAAUUCCAACCAAAAAGCCAAUCACGUUCAAUCGGACUUCGACUAUUAACUGCACAACUUGAAAGUCUUUAUAUUUGUAUCAGUUUGGAUUAUUUAAUGACUUUACAAGAUUUUUUUAUUUCUGGUUUACCGUCGGGUAAUGUUGAAACGAAAAAAGCCAUUGAACAACCACCAAUAACUACAAUGGAUCAAGGAGAAAAUGAUCAAAAUCGAACAAAAAUCGACAACAAACCAGCAGUUAUUACUUCAAAGACUUCUACAGCAUCAUCAAAACCUACGACUACUCAGAAUGCAGCGGCGCCUGAUGCAGAUUCAGAACUUGAAACUCGAAUGGAUGUUAUUGUCAAAAACCCUGAAAUAAUUCUACUUGAAGACCAACAUAAUUCAAAUUCGAAUUGCCUUGUACUUGAUUUAGCUUUACAAUUACGUAUGAUAAUGAUUGGUAAUGAGACACAAUUAUAUGGUUGGUUAAAAAAUUUAACAGUUUAUAGCUCAAAUUAUGCUGAAAUACGAGAUUCUAAUAAUCUUGAAUCAAAAAUAAAAUAUCGUAUUUUACAACCGGCUAAAAUUGAUCUUUUCUUAUCAAUGAAUAAUGAACAACAAAAAAUGGAUGUACGAAUAUCAGAGAUUAUUGUUAGUAUAGCACCAGCUGCUAUUCGAACUCUAAUUGGUGUCACAAGUUCAUUAGGCACAUUACAGGCAAUUACAAAAGAUCAAAUAGAAAAAAUCGAUUCGAAAGCACUAUUUGAUCCGAAGUCCAUUAAGGGUGCAAAUUUUUGGUUUACAAAAGACUAUGAACAACAAUCGCAAGAAAAUAAUGAACCACAACAGCAAGCUAUUACUCAAGAAACCAAUCAAAUUAAAGAAAGCGAAGAAAUUAAAAAACCAUUAGCACAAAAAUUAAUGUUAGCGUUGGAAACAAUUCAAAUAAAACUUGAGGUUGGAUUAGGUUCAGUAACAAAAUCUGUUGUAGCCAUGUGUUUAUCAAAUUUAACGGCUGAUGUUCAAAAUUGGUCAUCGAAUAUGAUACUUGAAUCGACAGUCAAUGUUGAGGCAGCAUUGUACAAUGAAAAUAUGCUUGCUUGGGAGCCACUUAUUGAACCAACAGUAGAUGCUGAUGGUGCAGCUCUUUCACCAUGGUAUCUUGCUUGUUCAAUCUCACCUGCUCUUCCAUUGACAGAAACGGCUGAAUCAUCACCAUCAAUAGAUGCACGCGAACGUAAAGAAAGUGUUUCAUCGUCAAAACCAAAACAAAACAUAGUUAUAUGUGCUGAUCAAUUACUUAAUAUAACAAUAACCAAAACUGGUCUUGAUCUUGUUCAACGCUUAUCGGCUUUAUUUAAUGAUGUUUAUAACAAACGAUUACCACCAAGCGAUGAUGCGGAUGAUCAAUCGAUGUUAUCUUUAUUUAAUGAAACGGGACAAGACAUAUUUAUUGAUUGUUUAGAUGGACUUCAAUUUGCUAACAAUCCAUCGUUAAAAUCAAUGACUCUUAAAUUCAAUGAAUCAAUUCCACUAAAUAUAUCUAAUGAACAUCAAACAGCUGGAAGACUUUCAGUUAUUGAUGAACAAAAUGUAACGCGACGACAAGAAUUUACUGUUAAGAUUCAAGGUGCUGUUAAAACGGUUAGCAUUAGUCGCACAGUGAAACGUGUAUAUGACUUAGGUCAAUCCUUGAAUCCAAAUUGGCCUAUACAAAUGCUUUGUGAUACUCAAAUGCAAAAUGAACGUCGACGCAUCACUCUUAGCUCAAUAGUUCGAAUUUAUAAUAGCACUACAUUACCAUUACUUGUUUUAAGUGUUGAUGCGACUGAUCCAAACAUUCGUAAACGAUUAGCAAGAAUUGAAAUUAAUAAAGAUUAUCACGUACCGAUUGAUUUGCUUUAUACAUAUUCAAGUUCACCGAUAUUUAUUGCAAUCGACGAAGGUGAAGAAAUACACGAUUUUUUUUCAUUUGAUUGGGAAAAAGAAUAUGCAGAAGAAAGAAUGCUGAAAUUAAAAAGUGGAAAUGAAGCAAACUUUAUUGUUUUUAAAGAACUAAUUGGAUCUUACACAGAAAAUACCGAUCAAUCUGAGCGUACAAUUUUUAAUCUUCAUGUUCAUUCAGCACUUUAUUUAACAAACCUUUUGCCAAUUGAUAUUGAAUGUUCAGUUGAUAAUGGCGAACAAUUCGCUUUAAAACCAAGUCAAUUACAUUUAUGUACAUCUGGUAAAAGAAGUUCUAAUUUAGUUUUUACGAUUCCAUCAUAUGAUAACAUAAAAUGGAUAUCUGAACCUGUUGAUUUGAAAGUCGAAGGAAAAGGUGAUAAAAAUGAACAUCUUGUUGUCUUCCAUAGUGAAACUGCUCCACACUCACAACAAAUAUUACGAAUGAUUUUACGCGUUGAUGCUUAUCAUGAAUCAUAUCGAUUGUUAAUAUUUUCACCAUUUUGGAUUAUCAAUCGUUCCGAUCUUAAAAUUGAUUUUCAAAUUGAAAAUAAUCGAACAUUUAUUGAUGUUAUCGAAACACCAUAUUUAGUUUGUCCAGAUAGUUUUACAAGUGAAGCAAGCAAAAAAGGACAAAUAUGCGUUCAUAGUCUUGAACAAACUGAUGCGGUGGCAAAAUUUUCUGAGAAAUUUUCUCUUGAUGUCAUUAAAAGUACCGGUUUAACAAGUUGUAAAGUAUCCAAUAAUCGUACAUAUAUGAUUUGUGUGGAUAUUGCAACAAGCUCAUUUGGUUUAACAAAACUUGUUACACUCUCACCUGCAAUGGUUAUUGUCAAUAAAUCCACGAUUGGAAUUGAAAUAGUAGAAGUCUUAUCUGAUCAAGAACAAGAUCAAUGGGAAAUAAUAAAUCCUGAUCAAUUGAUUCCAUUUUGGCCACGAAAUAUCAAAGAUAUUUUAGCACGUAUUCGCUAUGCAGAUACUCGUGUAACGUCGAGCGCAUUUAAAAUGAACCAAAAGCAUCGAACGCUUUUACGUAUGGAUGAUGAAGAACAUCCAGCAAUUUUCGUAGAAGUAGCAGCAACAGAUUUUGAUGGUGUCAAAAUUAUUUUUGAAGAUUAUAAAAUUGGCGACGCACCUUUGCUAAUUGUAAAUUGUUUAGCUAAAGAGCCAGUUGGUUUUUGUCAAAUUACCGAUGUACGCUCAGAAAUUCUGCCACCACUACAGUAUGUUUAUUAUACAUGGAUAGAUCCAUUGAAACCAAGAGAAUUAUUGGUAUCAUGUGAAUCUAAGUCAACUAAAAUUGAUUUUAGUUCAAAAAGUGGUAUAUUUGAUGGUGAUGGUGGACAAAAAAUAGCCUAUAAGAUAUUCGAUGAUGGCAUUCAAACAGUUUUACUCUUUGUCGAAUCUGCAAAAAUACAAGAAGCAGAUGGAAAAGCGUCAUCAUCGUCAGCAGCUGAAGCCAUGGAUCAACAUCUAAAGAUUAGUAUACAUGAUAUUGGCAUUUCUAUUGUCAAUGAUAUAACACACGAAGAAAUGCUUUAUAUAAGUUUAAACAAGUCCAAACCUGUUUGGACUGAAAUGAAAAAGAAUCAUGUUAAACCUUUAUCAAACGAUGUCAAUGCACAUUUAGAAGAACUUUAUAAAGAUCAUACCAUAAACUUGAAAAUUAAUCCAAAUGAUACAAACCUUCAACGAAAAAUAUAUGGAAUUGAUGGAUUUCGAGAAGUUUCAUUUCGAGGCGAUGUGGCGACAUUAGUUCAUUCUAGACAUCAUAAAAAGACAGCUACAAGACAGGCAUUAGAUGGUCUAUCGAUUGAUUAUUCAUGGUCAGCAUCCGAUUCUGCUUUACAUAUACGUAUUAAUCGUGUACAAAUUGAUAAUCAACUUGAUUAUACAAUAUUUCCUGUUAUGCUUUAUCCAAUCCCGUCAAAAGGAUCAGAAAGUGAUCACGCUGAAAAACCAUUUGUUGAAUUAAGUGUUUAUCAAUCUAAAGCAGCACAAUCAAAUAUCAUGCAAUUUAAAUAUUUUAAAAUACUUAUUCAAGAGUUCGCUGUUCAAAUUGAUCAAGGUUUAAUUGUUGCUAUUCUUGGAUUUUUUCAAACUGAAAAUAGUAGUACACCAAUGACCAUCAAUAUGAAUACUGAUUUAGAACAAAUUAAGAAACCGCUUCAUACUAUUAUUAAAGGGCAAAUCGAGAGUCCAUCGAGUGAAACAGAAAUGCUUUUUGAUAAUAUUCAUUUAUCACCACUCAAAAUUCAUGUUAGUUUUUCAAUGCACGGAUCAAAACCAACUGAAGAAUUACUAGCUGAAUAUCCAUUAGUAGGAUUUCUAUUACAAACAUUGAAUGUUGCCGAAGUACAAGAUGUUAUUUUACGUUUGGGCUAUUAUGAACGAAAUCAUGAUAAAUUCACGACAACAAAAAUAACAAAAGAAGUUACAGCUCAUUAUCAAAAUCAGUUUAUGAAACAGAUUCAUGUGUUAGUACUUGGACUUGAUGUACUUGGAAAUCCACUUGGUGUUAUUCGUGGUCUUGCUGAAGGUGUCGAAUCGUUUUUCUAUGAACCAUAUAAAGGUGCAGUUCAAGGUCCCAUGGAAUUCGCUGAAGGUGUAGCAACCGGUGUACGAGUAUUAUUUGGUUCAGCUGUGGGUGGUGCUGCUGGUGCUUUUUCCAAAAUAACCAGUGUAGUUGGAAAAGGUUUAGCAAAUUUAACAUUCGAUGAAGAUUAUAAAGCAUCACGUAUUCGACGUAAAGAACCAGGUGUUACUGCUACGACACAUAUUGCUAUAGGUGGAAAAAAUGUCGUUAUGGGUUUUGUUGAUGGUGUGAAAGGUGUAGUGUCCAAACCAAUAAGAGGAGCACAACAUGGUGGAGCAUCUGGUUUUUUUAAGGGAUUAGGACAAGGUGUUAUUGGUCUUGUCGCGCGGCCAACAGGUGGUGUUGUGGAUUUUGCUAGUACAUCGCUUGAUUUAAUCAAAAGAACUGCUCAACAAGAAGAAAUUAUUCGUCGUGUUCGUUAUCCACGUCAUCUUGGUCGUGAUGGUCUUGUUCGGCCUUAUAUUUCUCAUGAAGCAAUGGGUUUCUAUAUUUUAAAUCGAUUAGAAGAUGGCAAAUAUUCAAAGUCGGAUACAUACGUUGCUCAUAUAACUUGUUCAGAAAGUCCUCAAUCGUGUUUGUUGGCAACAUCAAUUCGUUUAUUAUUUGUAACUGAAAUAUCAUUUCUUGGUUUGUAUGAGAUCGAUUGGGAAAUACUAUACGAAGAAAUAAAAGAAGAACCAGUUAUAAAAAUAAAUACAAAUCAAAUUCAAAUUUUAACAAAAGAACCGAAAACAACUGGCACUAUACGAUCACAUCAAACAUAUGGAAAAUUAGUUAAAUUUAUGAAACUACCCGAUGCUAAAUAUAUUGUCGAUAAAAUUGCAACCGCAAUGCAUAUCGUUGGUCUAUAA